GGAGGGGAGGAGGAGAAGGAGGCGGCGGGCGGAGGGUCCGGGAGCCGGCGGUGAAGGGCAUCGGCGUCGCCGGUGAUGGCGGAGUGAUCUGAAGAUGGAGCGAGCGGGUCGAGGAGGAGGAGGAGGAGGAGGAGGCGGCGGCAGGAGCGUGGGGGGCUCCGGCCUAAGCAGGAGCAGCAUCUAUUCCCAGGCCCAGCAGCGCCGCCGCCCCCACUACUCGGGCUCGGGCUCGGGCUCGGCCUCGGCUCAGGGCUUGGCGGACAUCCAGGAGCUGGCCUCCAAGCGGGUGGACAUCCAGAAGAAGCGGUUCUACCUGGACGUGAAGCAGAGCUCCCGGGGCCGCUUCCUGAAGAUCGCCGAGGUGUGGAUCGGCCGGGGCCGGCAGGACAACAUCCGCAAGAGCAAGCUGACCCUGUCGCUGUCGUGGCGGCCCGAGCUGAAGGACUGUCUGGGCGACUUCAUCGAGCACUACGCCCACCUGGGCCAAGGCCACCGGGCCGAGCCGGCCGACGGCCGGGAGCCCAACGGGGGCCCGCGGCUGCGAAGGAGCCGUCCCCGCCCUCCGGCCUCCCCGGCCUCCGACGGCCACCCGCACAGCGUCCUGAAGACGGACUCCAUCGAGAGGGACAACAGGAGAUACUACUUGGACCUCAAGGAGAACCAGCGCGGCCGCUUCUUGAGGAUCCGGCAGACGGCCGUCCGGGGCCCGGGGUCCAUCGGUUACUUCGGCCAUGCGCUGGGCCAGGAGCAGACCAUCGUCCUGCCCGCAGGGCAUGAUCGAGUUCAGGACGCCUUGGUCCAGCUGAUCGAGGACUACGGCGAAGGGACGUCGAGGAGCGAAAGAGGAGCGGGCGACGAGCCCGAGCUCCCCGAGGGGACCUCUUUUCAGGGUAGACACAAGAGGUUCUACUUUGAUGUGGGCUCCAAUAGGUAUGGCAUCUUCCUCAAGGUAAGUGAGGUCAGACCGCCUUACCGUAACACCAUCACCGUCCCCUACAAAGCGUGGACACGGUUUGGGGAAAACUUUCUCAAGUACGAAGAGGAGAUGAGGAGGAUUUACAACAGCCUAAAAAAGAGGAUGGACGGCGGAGGGGACAGCGGCGAAGAGCAAGAGGGCCUCGACUAGCGGGCCGGACGACCGCCCCGGCGGCGGGCGCGGUGGGAAACCAGAAGCGGGCCGUGGAAGUACGGCCCCGGGGUCAC